AAGAAGUCAGCUGACCCAGGACUGGCCCCUUCCCGUGACACAUUUAGCACUGUGAUUUUCGGUGGGUCUGGCUGGUGAACACAUGACCCAGUUACAGUAAUGAACAAAUGCACCUGUGCUGGAAUGAAACAGAUGGCGCUGUAGGACUAGUGAUGGUGAGUGUGCAUGAUAUGGGCCAAAAAACAAUAACCUCAGUAAAUCCUUUGUUCUAUUUGUGCUGCAGGUACAGAUGUAUGUUGUAGAACAAUUCCUCGUAAUUGGCCAAUCCUGGACGUGCAGCACUUAGCAGACGGUGACCCCAGCAGACAAACACUACUUGACACUGGGAAAGAUGUCUGGUUAAUCGAAAAUCACUGCGAGGCCCAUUCAGUGUUCCCAUUCGAUGAUUUGACAACAUGGAGGAAAGUUACCUUGUAUCAGCCUCGAGGAGUAUUCUACUUGAACAUGGCCGCACCCUGGAUAAUGGUCGGACCACAGAGCUGGAGGAACUCGUCGUCUUACAUCUAAGUAAGCGGCUUCUAAAACAAGUGGACGUCCUGGUGUCCUGCACGGCUCUGAGGUCCUGCACGUUGGCCAAUAACUACAUUACGGACAUCGCAGCGCUGAGGAACUGCGUCCACAUCGUCAAACUAGACUUGCAUGGGAAUCAGAUUCAGAAUCUUCCAGGUCCAGAAUUUUGGGGACCAUUCAAAAGCCUGAAGCUGCUUUAUCUGCACGACAACAGGAUCAGAAGUGUGGAUAAUAUCGAGUCGCUGUCUUACUGUCCGAACCUCACUGGACUGACCCUAUAUGACACUCCGCUGAGCCUACAGAAGAGUUACAGACAUAUAGCCGUCAAUGGUAUAUGGUCACUAAAAGCCUUGGAUCACUUUGUUGUGUCCGAUGAAGAAAUUAUUGAAGAUUGGAACCUCCGGGGAAAGUUCAAGGCUCUAGGUCCUGAUUUAUACAUCAACCUGUUACCUGCACCCAGUAAGGAUAUCGGCCUCGAAAAUGAAAUGAAAGCGCUGAAUGAAAUCAUUAGGAAAAUCAAUCGCGUUCUGGCAACUUGUUCCCCGGUGCUAAUUGUCCAGAAAUGGAUACGAGGAUAUUUAACGCGCCGGAGAAUGGGGCUUAUUCCUCAGCUGGAGAGGCAGAGGAAGAAAUUACAUUACUGGCGUAGAGAAAGCCGGGAAGACGAAGCGGGGCCUCGUGUUAAAGCCGCAGCGAUGCAUAACUUCUGGGAGCUGCCGCUGAACCGCAGACGACUCCCUGUGAUUAAACAGCCCGUGAGAAGAGUAAACAGCACGCCAGACCUGCAGCCUGUCAUGCAUAUUACGGUGGAUCUGUGGAAGCUACAACAAGACGUUCUGCAGGCUUUGCCCGAAGCAGAAAUGAUAUAUGAUCUGGGGAACCAAAAUCAGCCAUUGCCACCUCCUCCUAUGGCAGAGGGUUUACGUGGAGACAAAAAAGCCAUCAAGUUAACAGCUUCCAAACACAGAGAACAAGAGCCGAACCUAAAAAAUGACACCAAACUUGGUCUUUAUGGAACAAAAUCCAUCGUCUACGAAUCAGACCCAUCAAAAGAUGCCAUGAUGUCCCAGGAAAAGUCAGUAGAGGACAUCCGCUGCUCCAUUCGACAAAUCCACUCAGCUAUGCAGGCAAGGAGAGAAGCGGCAAAUCUCAUAAAAGAUCGGACUCUUCUGAGACGUACACCAGACAGCAGACAUUUAAUUAAGCUGUUACCCUUGUGCGCUGUAGACAAAGCUUAUGAAAAUCGUGAAAAAUAUGACAGUCGAAUGAAGAAAAGGAACCUGGUGAUGAAGAUACAAGCUGACAGAAAACAAGCAAAGUAUAACAUCGGGGAGUUCCUGGGAGGCAAGAUUAAAGAGGCCGCAGAUCAAGGUGCUAAGGACUUGGAGACUCUACAACUUCAAGCACAAAGCAACUUCUUGGACAACUCCAACUUUAUCGACAAAGUCAAACAUAGGCACAGACUGUUCCGUGAGCAAAAGGAGGUGAAGCGGUCAGAAUAUCUACUCGCCAAAGAGUUUAAUAUCCACCAGUUGUCUGUUGCGAAAACCUUGUUCAGACACGAUCGUAUGAUCCAAAGCCAGGAGAAGAUGCAGGAGAAGAUGAGACAUGUGCAGACUCUGAAAGAAGACCAUGAAAGGCAGAAGGAAUUUACUAAAUGUCUCCAGAACCACAGACAGCUGGUGCUCCAGAUUGAGAACACUUCAGAGAAGGUUGCACUGGGGUCUCUUGUUCUGCAGAAAGCUAAUGACAGGUUACAUGAAGCCCGGGCUCAUGUCACCACUGUGAAGGGUCACCGCGUCACGGCGGAGCCCAUGUAUAAAGUGCCCGUGGAGCAGCCGGUUUCCAAGGAAACACAACUAAAACAUGGCUGCACUUAACAUAAUUAUAGGAAGGGAUCCAACAUGACAAUAGCCGCGAUAUGAGAGACGUUAUUGUUCACUUGAAAAAUACAUUUUUUUGUUGUUUGUUUUUGUAUUGUUUUUAAUUGCUGAACAGAUUGAGAUCGUUCCAGGUCGCCAUUAACCAAAGGCGUUACACGUGUCUGCUGGUUGUUAUGGCUAUUGACUAUAUUCAGAGGCAGCCGGGGAUAUAGCUGAAUGUGGUACAGGCGUAACAGUCGUACCUGGGCCCUAGUAAGGAUGUCCAAAGACUUCACUGCCACAUGAGAAGAUACCAGUAUUAUAAAUGGCACACGGUAGGAGCGUCAAGUGACAUCACUAGAAGCAGCGAACUG